CCAACGUGGGGGAAACACUGGCUCCAUGUGCAAACUUCCAUGCACGCAAACACUACCAAUACAUCCAGCAAUAGAGUUAUGAAUGUUCUAAUGCUUACACUUCCAUGUGCAUACUUCCAUACACUCUGACACUAUUAAUCUAUCCGACAAUAAGACCCCCAACGUGGGGGAAACACUGGCUCCAUGUACAUACUUCCAUACACUACCAAUACAUCCAGCAAUAGAGUUAUGAAUGUUCUAAUGCAUACACUUCCAUGUGCAUACUUCCAUACACUCUGACACUAUUAAUCUAUCCGACAAUAAGACCCCCAACGUGGGGGAAACACUGGCUCCAUGUGCAAACUUCCAUGCACGCAAACACUACCAAUGCAUCCAGCAAUAGAGUUAUGAAUGUUCUAAUGCUUACACUUCCAUGUGCAUACUUCCAUACACUCUGACACUAUUAAUCUAUCCGACAAUAAGACCCCCAACGUGGGGGAAACACUGGCUCCAUGUACAUACUUCCAUACACUACAAAUAUGUGUGUGUGUGUGUGUGUGUGUGUGUGUGUGUGUGUGUGUGUGUGUGUGUGUGUGUGUGUGUGUGUGUGUGUGUGUGUGUGUGUGUGUGUGUGUUGUCAGGCCUGUCCUUUGUGGCUCAAGCCUUCAUGAGGAGAGAGAAGUCCACCUGAAGAGACAGACUCUUGAGGAGGAGCAGCUCUGGACCUCAGGAUUGACCGGUACAAAGACAUUUGCAAGACAUUUCUGCAAGGAGUAAUGUGCAGUGAACAUUAUCCCUUUCAAAGCCUUGAAGAUACAUUAGCCCGCUUAUACUGCUUAAUCAUUUGACCAAAGAUAUAACAACAAAAAGGGUUUUUAUUGAUUUCUCUCUCUCCCGCAGCACGCUGACCAUCUACGGCAUCAGCCAGGACGAUGACGCCAUCUACCAGUGCAUCGCCGAGAACAGCGCCGGCUCCGCGCAGGCCAGCGCCCGCCUCACCGUGCUGUGGGCCGACGGGCUCCCCGGGGCCCCCACAAUGGUGCGGGCCCAGGCGUUGUCGCCCGGCGCCAUCCAGGUGUCCUGGAAGGAGCUGGAGCACAACACACAGGACAUCAUCGGCUACGUGCUGCACAUCCGGCGGUCCUCAGGUGUUGUCGUCCCUCCUCCAAGCUUGGGGGGAGAUGGGCCUCCCCGGGUCCCCAAGCUUGACGGACAUCCGUUCAGCCGUGGCCACAUACAACUUUGACUCAGAGAUUGGCAGGAGGGACCUCUUUGUCUGCCUGGCACAGCAGGAGCCCUCAUCCGAUUCCUCCCCCCUUCCUGCUCCUGCUGGCUCCUCCUCCCCUGCUCCUGCUGCUGCUGGCUCCUCCUCCCCUGCUCCUCCUCCCCUGCUCCUGCUGCUGCUGGCUCCUCCUCCCCUGCUCCUGCUCCUGCUCCUGCUGGCUCCUCCUCCCCUGCUCCUGCUGGCUCCUGUGUGUUGUCAGGCCUGUCCUUUGUGGCUCCAGCCUUCAUGAGGAGAGAGAAGUCCGGCCAGCACGCUGACCAUCUACGGCCAUCAGUAGCUCAGUUCAGUUGUAUAUAUUUAUUAUUCGUGUUGUGUUUCAGUUCUAUAUAUUCAUUCAUUUUACGUUUAAGUUCUUCAUAUUUAUUCAUGUUCCGUGUUUUUGUUAUAUAUAUUUAUUCAUGUUUUGUUUUAGUUAUAUAUAUUUAUUCAUGUUGUGUUUUAGUUAUAUAUAUUUAUUCAUGUUCCGUGUUUGAAACGUUUCAAUAAAAAAAACAUUUGGAAACUGGUCGUUGUUUGUCCAUUUUUAUGGGGUCAGAACAGUCUCAUUAAUAAUGAAUGCACAGAGAAGGAUUAACAAAUGUAUUUUGUAAUUUUUAUAUAAAUUACUCUCUUCUCACAAAUACAUUUCAAUGCACACACAAAUGGAUAUCGGCAGGUAUAACUGUAAAAUAAAUCCAUAGGCAAAAGUAAGUUUCACACACACAUUUCUGAUCCACACACAAAUGUGUCUUGUUUUGAAUAAAAGUGAUAUCAAUCCAUAAAUUAGAGAGAGAGAGAGAGAUUCACUGCUCUCUAUUGAGGGUCACAGAGGGUCACACAGGGUCACAUCAUGUCCCAGUUCUGCCAUGGAAUUAAGAUAUGCGAGAACAGAGGUGUGGUGUGUGACAAAUGCCUUUGUUGUUGUUAACGACUCUCUCCAAACCCCCUCUGCCACUACUUCAAGAACCUUGCAGACUGAUAUAGCUCGUCACUGCCAUCUGGUGGUCAGAUUAGAUACUGCAGUGGCAGCACUGGUGUUAAGAGGCAAUAAGACCCCCAAAAUGGGGGAAACACUGGCUCCAUGUGCAUACUUCCAUAC